UUAGAACUAACUUUCAGCUACUUGGAAAUCCAAGGAGUAACUUCCAGUAAACCCGGUCAGUUGAUUAUGGAAACUGAGAAAUGCAGCAUCUCCAUGAAGAUGGCAUCCUCGGAGGAUGUGAACGAGGUGCUGGCGCACAUUGGGACCUGCCUCAGGAAGAUAUUCCCUGGACUCUCGCCAGUGAGGAUUCUGAAAAAAGUAACUAUGGAGCCUUCAGAAAGACUGACUAAUCUCCAGGCCUUGUGGGACAGUCAGACAGUGGCAGAACUUGGACCUUGUGGAGGCUUUUCGCAAAUGUAUGCCUGUGUUUGUGAUUGGCUUGGAUUUCCGUAUAGAGAAGAAGUACAGUGGGAUGUCGAUACGAUUUAUCUGACACAAGAUACCAGAGAGUUGAAUUUGCAAGACUUCAGCCACCUUGACCACAGAGACUUAAUACCUAUAGUUGCUGCUCUGGAGUAUAAUCAGUGGUUUACAAAGCUGUCGUCCAAGGAUCUGAAAUUAUCCACUGAUGUCUGUGAGCAGAUACUGCGAGUGGUGAGUAGGUCCAAUCGAUUGGAAGAACUGGUAUUAGAGAAUGCCGGGCUUAGAACAGAUUUUGCACAGAAACUAGCCAGUGCCCUAGCCCAUAAUCCCAACUCAGGACUCCAUACGAUCAACCUUGCUAGCAAUCCACUUGAAGAUAGAGGUGUGUCGUCUUUGAGCAUCCAGUUCGCCAAACUUCCAAAGGGACUGAAACAUUUAAAUUUAUCUAAAACCUCCUUGUCACCUAAAGGGGUGAAUAGCCUUUCCCAGUCACUGAGUGCCAACUCGCUGAUCGCGAACACGCUUGUCUAUCUUGACCUCUCAGGGAACGCGCUCCGCGGUGAUGAUCUCUCAAGCCUGUACAAUUUUUUGGCCCAGCCAAAUGCCCUUGUUCAUCUGGAUUUAUCCAACACGGAGUGUGCACUAGAUAUGGUAUGUGGAGCCCUCCUUCGUGGAUGUCUUCAGCAUCUAGCUGUCCUUAGCCUCUCUAGGACUCUUUUUUCUCACAGAAAAGGAAAAGAAGUCCCUCCCUCCUUCAAACAGUUUUUCAGCAGCUCACUUGCUUUGAUGCAGAUUAAUCUUUCGGGAACUAAACUCCCUCCUGAGCCUCUAAAAGCGCUUUUAUUAGGCCUGGCUUGCAAUCACAAUCUGAAGGAGGUGUCUUUAGAUCUCAGUAGCUGUGAGGUAAGGAAUAUUUAUCAGGAUGUGUUCAAAAGAUGCAAUGAUAUGGAAUUAGAGUUCCCAUUAAAUCCACUGAGCGAGAUACUCUUCCUCUGUGGUCAAAAGUUGUGGGAAAGGUUAGAACUUGGAGAAGCAAUUAUG